AUGCCCUCUUCUCAACAACCUGUAGCCCUCAUCAUGGGCGCCUCUCGAGGCAUCGGCCGACAAGUCGCCGUCGACCUAUCCAAGAACGGCUACGCCGUAAUGCUAGCAGCAAAAACAACCUCAGACGCCAGCAAAACAACCCCAUUCCCACCAGACCCAAACUCAUCAUCCUCAACCAUCAACACAGUCGAGCGCGAAAUCCGCGAAGCCGGCGGACAAGCAGGAUCCAUCGCCGUCGACGUACGAGACGCAACGCAAAUCCAAAAUGCCAUUGACGAAACAGUCCGUCGUUUCGGAGCACUGGACGUCCUGGUCUACAACUCUGGGGCGAUCUGGUGGUCUUCUGUGGAGAAUACGCCUCUGAAGCGAUUCCGCUUGAUGCAGCAGAUUAACCCCGAGGGCCUUUAUGCGACGGUUCAGGCUGCUUUGCCUCAUUUUGAGAGGAAUGGGUGGAAGGGCCGGAUUGUGGUUGUUUCGCCGCCGAUUUAUUCGCGCUUUUUUAGGGGAAAGACGGCUUAUGCUAUGGGCAAGGUGGGCAUGAGUGUGUUGGUUAAAGGCCUUGCUAUGGACUUUGUUCGUCAGGACCGUAAUCAGAUGGCGAUUACGGGUAUCUGGCCUGCGUCGUCCAUUGAAUCAGCAGCAACAGAGCACAACAAAUCAUCUGAUAAGUCCUACAAGAAAGACCUUAGGAAACCGACAAUUUUCUCCGACGCAAUUGUUGAGAUGCUUCGUGCGCCGGCAACUACCGUGAACGGACUCCUGGACACAGACGAAGACUUCCUCCGGGAGAAAUGCGGUGUAACAGACUUCUCGAAGUAUAGCGUUAUCCCCGGCUCGACGCCGCGACGAAUCAUGCCCGAGACGUUCCCCGUGUUGGAAGUUGCAGAGCAGGAUGACGAAGGGCAGCGAAUGGACAGUGCGAAGAUCCGGGCUAGUAAGAUCUAG